UCCUCCAGUUUCAAUGCCUCGCUUCAUCUGUAAUGCUUUGUACAGCUUUUCAUGAAGGCAUUUUUAACUAGCAGUGAUAUAUCACUAUCAGGUUGCUGCAACUUCUCAUGAAGGCCUCCAAGCUUGCCUCUCCACACCUGCAUCGCCUGACUUAGCUGCAGGCUUCCACGGGCAGUCCACACUCCAACAGGUGCACAUCACUUUUCCCCUCUCGUUUUUUUUAUUAUUAAGCUCAUUAGCUCACUACUUUGAACACUUUGCUGAAGAGCAAACCACUGAAUAGCAUAGGUAUUCUUGCUUUUAGGAAGCCAUGGAUAUACAGCAUGAAAGUGCAGAUCCAAUCAGUUUACCUGACCCAGAUCCCUCCAACCUAAGUGCCAGUCAUUUCAUCGAGCCAGCACUUGUACAGACUCCCAUGGAUAUUGGUGAGGAGAGUGAAGCACAGGCCAGCAUCGCCACACCAGGUCCAUCCGGCCAAGUUGCUGGUAUUCAAUGGGAGCCGGCCCAUGAGCAGGAAUUACAAAGGCCAGAAGACAUGCUGGCACCAUUUGAAACACCAAGAAAAAGAAAGCAGGCAAAGGUCGACACCCCUGAAAAGGCUUUUUUGCGAGCUCGCACAGCAAGACUUGCCUCAGAGCAGCAAAGAUCAAGGAAAGCAAUCAAAAGACUUCAGAAGUCCAAGAGGCGCCUUAAAAAACAAAAUGCCGAAUUGAAAUCACUCAACCAAGAGGCAUUCAGCAACAGAACUGCUGAAUUCCACCAUUCAGAGGAGGCAGCUCUUGUCUGA